CAUUUCAAAACCGCGCAGGAUAGUCGCGUCUCUUCUCAUCCUUCCCGUCUCUCCCCCGCUCCGCUCCACCCCGCUCAAAAACCCUAGGCGGCGCCCGAAUCCCGGAUCCCGCGUCCGGCUCCCCCAGCGCCUCCGCCCGUGCUCGGCGUCCAUCGUUGCCGGCCUCCCCGAUGGACCCAGCGGGGCCGCGCGUGGCCACGGAUCCCGCCGGAUCGGGUGCCGCACCGCCGCGCGAGGAAUUGGACAGGAGAGGAGGGGCGUGCAGCGGCGCCGCAGCGGCGGAGGGGAGCGCGUCGCGGCUCGCGGGCGCUGGACUGGGAGAUAGCUGAGGUCUUGCUAGGACUUGUUGCACACUCUGCAGCACUUCUUAGGAGUCCAACAUUAUCUAGGAACUCACAUGUCACAUCUGUUACAUACUAGUCAAGUUUCAACUAGUAAGAACUCGGUCUACACUCAAAGUAUUGGAACACUGUUAUGCACUGCCCGUGUCAUAAUAUCUAUAUCCGAGGGCUGGAAUUCUGGAAUCUUCAGGUCAAGCAGAAGCAUAUUUGCACACAUGUACCAUGGAUGUUUCUCAGUUGACUGCUGAAGGUGUCACCCAGUGUGGAGCUAGAGUGUCUUUAUUACCCCAGAUUGGGGCACUUCAGUCAGAAACUCCUUGUCUGACCUUGGGCCGUGAUUCCAGUGCAGAAUCAAUGGAGAAGCUGCAUGGCAGUGAGUCCUUGCCAUGCUGUAAAGAGAACAUCGGAACAGUUCGCCAACCUAAGCCUGAUCCAGAACAUGUUGACAAUAGGAUGAGUGUUGCACGUCUUGGGUUGGACCUUAACACAGUAGAUAGUUCUGAUGCAGCAGAGCUUAACCCUUUCUUCCCUUACAAGAAGCUGGGACAGUCGAAAGUCAGUGAUCCAUCGGAAUGUGGCAGCACUACUGCUGCUACAGCAGAAAGUGAGUCACACAGGAAAUGGAGAGAAAUGAAGCGGAAUGGCUUUCUUUCUUCGUCUCAUGGAAAUGCAGUGGUGCCUAGGCCACGUGGUCGGCCCCCGAAAAGGAAAAAAGAUGAUGAAUUCAAAAGGAGCACUUCCACACAGCAUGGCCAGGCUAACAAGUCUGUUAAGGUUGCUGCUCCUAGUGGCCUAUUAUCUGGGCUAAACCCUGGAAUCAUUAACCAUGUGAGAAAUAGCAAGCAAGUUUACUCCAUAAUAAAGGCUAUGGUACACUCUGAGAGGCUUGAGAAUGAGAAGCAGCCUGCAUUUACUAGUCAAACAGGUGGAAGAGGGAGAGAAGCCAGUGAGGGAAUUCAGGAUGAGAAAUAUGGUGCUGGUUUCAAGAAGUGCCAUAUGUUGAUGAAAGACAAUAAUGCGGUGUUUCACCAAGCACUGCCUACCACAUCACAGUUCCUUGCACAGGACGGCGAUAGGCUCAAACUGCAACUCUCAUCAGCAGUCACUAUGUCUUCAGACAGGGCCUGCAGUACAUCAGCUGAUGAUCCAGCAACUAAUCAUGAUUACAUGACUGUACUGUCAGUAAAAGCGGCCUCUGUUGCUUCUCAGUGGUUGGAAUUACUGCAUCAGGACAUCAGGGGACGCCUUGCUGCUUUAAAGCGCAGCAGGAAGAGAGUCAGAAAUGCUCUUCAUACAGAAUUGCCUUACCUAAUCUCGACAGAAUUUUCAUCUAACCAAGAGAAUGAAUCAUCCAUUGCAAAUACGUGUGAUGCUGGAUGUACUGAAAAAGCAGUUUCAGAAGCGCAUGUGGCACGAUGGAGGUCUCUGUUUGUCCAGAUGGACCGAGCACUUCAGGAGGAAGGGAAACAGCUGGAGAACCGGUUGAAGCAAGUGCAAGAAAUGCAAUCGAAUUGUGAUAAAGGCCUCAAACACAUGAGCUGUGAAGCUCCUCUGCUAGGACCUAUUCCUGAGCUAUGGAAGCUGAAGAACCCAGAUAUUUCUGAGAGUGAGUGGGCGGUGCAAGCUGCCGCCGCAUCAAUCUACUCGACCUGCAACAUGGCCAUGAGAACGGAGAACGUGCCUUGCUUCUGACCUCACACUUGUAGUUGUAGUUUAGUUUCUUGCUUUUGCUGAUUUUUACCUCAAAAGUUAGGCCUCUUUUAUUACCUUCAGUCUUUGUGAAUUGUGACCCCUUGUCCAUACACUAGCGGCGAGUCAUGUAACGAGGAAGAAACUUGAUGUAUGUUGUCACCGUCCUACGAUUUCACGGGCCCGUGAAAGAACACAUUCUUUUUAUACA